AUGGCGGCAUCUUCAUACAUCCUCAUCAUAGCUGCUCUUGUUGUCGGCCUGUGUUCUGCAAAUGGACCUUAUCUUGCUGAGACUGCUGGUGUUCCACACACCCCCUAUCUAGCAGGUAGAGAAACACCCGAAGUUGGUAAAACGACAGGACUCCCUGAAACAACUGAUGAGAUCGACAAACGAACCACAGAGAACCCAGAGUUCACGUCAUCACCGCCAAUUACUGAGGAAAACACCUCUGAUCCUGCUGAGACCACAAAUCUCCUAGAAACCACCAAUCCAGUGAAUAUAGUAACAACUGAAGUUAGUGAGACUACUAAAGAAACCACAAAUCCAGAAAGUACAUUAACACCUGAGGUUGGUGAGACUACUAAACUACCUGAAACUACUGCUGAGAUUAACACAGAAACCACAGAGAACCCAGAGAUCACGUCACUACCGCAAACUACUGAGGCAAACACUUCUGAUCCUGCUGAGACCACCAAUGUCCCAGAAACCACCAAUCCAGAAAAUACUUUGACACCUGACGUUGCUGAAACUACUAAACUACCUGAAACUACUGCUGAGAUUAACACAGGAACUCCAGAGAACCCAGAGACCACGUCACUACCCCAAACCACUGAGGCAAACACUUCUGAUCCUGCUGAGACAACCAAUGUCCCAGAAACCACCAAUCCAGAAAGUACAUUGACACCUGAUGUUGGUGAAACUACUAGACUACCUGAAACUACUGCUGAGAUUAACACAGGAACUCCAGAGAACCCAGAGACCACAUCACUACCCCAAACUACUGAGGCAAACACUUCUGAUCCUGCUGAGACCACCAAUGUCCCAGAAACCACCAAUCCAGAAAGUACAUUGACACCUGAGGUUGGUGAAACUACUAGACUACCUGAAACUACUGCUGAGAUCAACACAGGAACUCCAGAGAACCCAGAGACCACGUCACUACCCCAAACUACCGAGGCAAACACUUCUGAUCCGGCUGAGACCACCAAUGUCCCAGAAACCACCAAUCCAGAAAGUACAUUGACACCCGAGGUUGGUGAAACUACUAGACUACCUGAAACUACUGCUGAGAUUAACACAGGAACCCCAGAGAACCCAGAGACCACGUCACUACCGCAAACUACUGAGGCAAACACUUCUGAUCCUGCUGAGACCACUAAUGUCCCAGAAACCACCAAUCCAGAAAGUACAUUGACACCUGAUGUUGGUGAAACUACAAGACUACCGGAAACUACUGCUGAGAUUAACACAGGAACCCCAGAGAACCCAGAGACCACGUCACUACCGCAAACUGCUGAGGCAAACACUUUUGAUCCUGCUGAGACCACCAAUGUCCCAGAAACUACCAAUCCAGAAAGUACAUUGACACCUGAGGUUGGUGAAACUACUAAACUACCUGAAACUACUGCUGAGAGUAACACAGGAACUCCAGAGAACCCAGAGACCACGUCACUACCCCAAACUACUGAGGCAAACACUUCUGAUCCUGCUGAGACCACCAAUGUCCCAGAAACCACCAAUCCAGAAAGUACAUUGACACCCGAGGUUGGUGAAACUACUAGACUACCUGAAACUACUGCUGAGAUUAACACAGGAACCCCAGAAACCACGUCACUACCGCAAACUACUGAGGCAAACACUUCUGAUCCUGCUGAGACCACCAAUGUCCCAGAAACCACCAAUCCAGAAAGUACAUUGACACCUGAGGUUGGUGAAACUACUAGACUACCGGAAACUACUGCUGAGAUCAACACAGGAACCCCAGAGAACCCAGAGACCACGUCACUACCGCAAACUACUGAGGCAAACACUUUUGAUCCUGCUGAGACCACCAAUGUCCCAGAAACUACCAAUCCAGAAAGUACAUUGACACCUGAGGUUGGUGAAACUACUAAACUACCUGAAACUACUGCUGAGAGUAACACAGGAACUCCAGAGAACCCAGAGACCACGUCACUACCCCAAACUACUGAGGCAAACACUUCUGAUCCUGCUGAGACCACCAAUGUCCCAGAAACCACCAAUCCAGAAAGUACAUUGACACCCGAGGUUGGUGAAACUACUAGACUACCUGAAACUACUGCUGAGAUUAACACAGGAACCCCAGAAACCACGUCACUACCGCAAACUACUGAGGCAAACACUUCUGAUCCUGCUGAGACCACCAAUGUCCCAGAAACCACCAAUCCAGAAAGUACAUUGACACCUGAGGUUGGUGAAACUACUAGACUACCGGAAACUACUGCUGAGAUCAACACAGGAACCCCAGAGAACCCAGAAACCACGUCACUACCGCAAACUACUGAGGCAAACACUUCUGAUCCUGCUGAGACUACUAAUGUCCCAGAAACCACCAAUCCAGAAAGUACAUUGACACCUGAGGUUGGUGAGACUACUACACUACCGGAAACUACUGCUGAGAUCAACACAGGAACCCCAGAGAACCCAGAGACCACGUCACUACCGCAAACUACUGAGGCAAACACUUUUGAUCCUGCUGAGACCACCAAUGUCCCAGAAACUACCAAUCCAGAAAGUACAUUGACACCUGAGGUUGGUGAAACUACUAAACUACCUGAAACUACUGCUGAGAGUAACACAGGAACUCCAGAGAACCCAGAGACCACGUCACUACCCCAAACUACUGAGGCAAACACUUCUGAUCCUGCUGAGACCACCAAUGUCCCAGAAACCACCAAUCCAGAAAGUACAUUGACACCCGAGGUUGGUGAAACUACUAGACUACCUGAAACUACUGCUGAGAUUAACACAGGAACCCCAGAAACCACGUCACUACCGCAAACUACCGAGGCAAACACUUCUGAUCCUGCUGAGACCACCAAUGUCCCAGAAACCACCAAUCCAGAAAGUACAUUGACACCUGAGGUUGGUGAAACUACUAGACUACCUGAAACUACUGCUGAGAUCAACACAGGAACCCCAGAGAACCCAGAAACCACGUCACUACCGCAAACUACUGAGGCAAACACUUCUGAUCCUGCUGAGACUACUAAUGUCCCAGAAACCACCAAUCCAGAAAGUACAUUGACACCUGAGGUUGGUGAGACUACUACACUACCGGAAUCUACUGCUGAGAUCAACACAGGAACCCCAGAGAACCCAGGAACCACGUCACUACCGCAAACUACUGAGGCAAACACUUCUGAUCCUGCUGAGACCACUAAUGUCCCAGAAACCACCAAUCCAGAAAGUACAUUGACACCUGAGGUUGGUGAGACUACUAGACUACCGGAAACUACUGCUGAGAUCAACACAGGAACCCCAGAGAACCCAGAGACCACGUCACUACUGCAGACUACUGAGGCAAACACUUCUGAUCCUGCUGAGACCACCAUUGUCCCAGAAACCACCAAUCCCACAAAGCCACAAACCACAGAGGAGCCAACAGCAACUAUUGAACCCAUUCAUUGCCAGAACGGUGGAACUCCCAUAGGAAGUGGCUGCAGUUGUCCGAGUGGGUUUGAUGGAAAGUUUUGUGAAACGGUUAAAACCAUCACGGCAGAUCUCCUCGACAGAACGGUUGAGGUCAACGUAGUGAUCGAUGAUGACUACAAUGACAAGUAUGACAAUGUGACCUCCAAUGAAUACAAAGCAUUUGUCAGGAACUUUACAGACAAGAUGGAAGACUUUUACAAAGAAAAAAACCUAGAAAACUUUAAAGAAGUUGUGGUAACGAAAGUGAGCCGAUUAUCCACCAAGCAUUUUUCGAGACGAUCAGCCUCCGAUGUGGCAAAGGUGAGAUUAGCAGCUGACGGACUGGCUAUUCACAGAGUUACACCAACAACAAAAGGCGUCAGUGUACUGCAUGAUGUAGUGGUGCUGGUCCCAAACAACGGCAGCAAUGACGAGACAUACAACACGCGCGUGGCAGAGGUUACUCAGAUUGCUCAGGGGCUGGUUAACUGCACGCAAAGUUGUCCUUUCAACAUCACAAAGACGCCCACGGUGGAUAAAACAAAAUUGAAUUUUGACACGUAUUGCAGCUCUAUCUUAAAAGAUCCAGACUUAGCUGAGCACUACAUUGCUAAGGAGAUCAACAACAAGAUUAUGUGUCUCACCAAAUGCAACGUCGAACAUCCGGAUCAUAAAAAAUGUUUUAACAGAGGAACGUGCAAAGUUUUCAGGAAUGCCGGAGCUGUUUGCGAGUGUCCUGAUUUGACGUCCAUUUGGUACUUGAACACCGACUGCCGUAUGCCAAUCCAAACAACAGCCUUCUACGCCGGUUUGACUGUCACUCUGGCGUGCCUCCUAGCGACUGUGGUGGGCUUGACUAUGUAUUUGUCCAUCAACAAGCAAAGGAAAAAAGACAUUAAAAAGAAGCAGGUAAACAAGUGGUUCAACGAGGAUUUGGAGUGGUCUCGAUCUGACAAACUCUCAACGGGCACCUACAAUGCUGGACACAUCAACCCAUCGUUCCAGUAUGAGGCCCCAACUGUUAACAGAAACCAUCCUACGCACCCAACUCGACAGCACGCUGACUACAGAGAGUCCGUCCCAGCUAUAAGCAUGUACAGGCUGGAUGCAGCUUCCCACCUACCAGACACCGAAUUGUACCACAACAGAUACCCCCACUCUGUUGGACAUGACCAUACCAAUGGAUACCAUCACUCCAGUCAACCGAUGAGAAUCCACAGACCUCAGAUCAGGACAUCCUGGGACGCCUGACGAUGAACGCCUUAUUCUAUUUGAAGCUGCGUCACAAAAAAGCACCUUACUGAAUUUUAUUUGUCAGCCAGUGAUGAUCAAUUCCUAAAAGUCUUGCUCCUCAAAAACAACUCGCUUCUUCUUCAUCAUUGUUAACUAACAUAAUUUAUUUUAUAAAAAUAAGUGCAAUAUAUGAAAUUGUGUUUAUUUUUAUAUCUCUCAUGUUUUAAUGUCCCAUUAUCCCAUUUUAAAUGCUUUUUCUAUAUACGGGUGGCUGAUACGUCAAUUUCUGGUAGCGAUCUGAUUCCAAAUAAAUACAGAGUCAGCAUUGCCGAUACCAAUACUUAUACUAUUUUUUAUUUAAAAUGUUUCAUGAGAAUUCAAUGAUUUGUCUUUAAUUUGUUGAUCAUGGUCAUAUUUCAAAGACUUUUGGUAAAUUAAACAAAUAUAUAAUUUUUUAAUCAAUGAACAUAUUCAUGAACAAUUUGACAAUAUAUACAAAGUCACUAGUGCAAAAAACCCGAAAGGAGCAAAAAAAUAUUACAGUAAACCCGUUUUUGUUGACGCCCCUUAAACUGUCUAACUGAUGUUGA